AUAAGUUAAAAAUAAACUUAACGCUGUGUGUCUUAUUUUUUCUUGUGCUUUCGCGUUCACAACAGAGUCAAUCGGAAACGAAGAAUUACGGGUCAAUAAGCAUCAAGGAUGAUUUUACAGAUAAUGAAGGAACGAAACAUGCAUAUGGAAACCGUUCAACAAACAAUAGUUUAUAUCACAUUCAUAAUUCUCCAGAUAGCAGAUUGUUCGUUCAUCUGUCCCCUCUCAACACCAACUAUAGAAUACGUCACUUCCUGUCCACACAUUAAAGCAGAAUGGGAAAAAGCAGUUCAACGGAAAAACUGUGAAAGUAUGGCGCAUCAUCAAAACUGCACGGAGCCUAAGAACUUUCAAUAUAAUUGUCUCAUAAAUCAUUUGCGAAACGCAACAUUAGAAGUUUGUGCACCAAUCUACUAUUUGCAAGGCUACUGUGCGUAUUAUAACUCAAAUAAUAAAGAAAUUAUGGAGAAUUAUGAUCAGGGAUUCGAGUGUUUGAAGUUUCCUCCCGGCGAACGAUGUCCACCCAGAUACCCAUCAUCUGAAGCAUAUAAAUACAUACGUUGUUAUGCCCUCAAAAACCAACCAGAACCAACAACAACAUUACCUUUAGCGCCAUCAGCAAAUAAAGCUCCCGAAUUUAGAUCAGAGUUGGUUUACAUUAUAUUCGUUACAUUAUUAUCAGUGGGAUUGGUUGCCGUUUCUGUACUUUUUAUAUGGUGGGAGCGAAAGUCAAUAAUUAGCUUAUGUCAAAAAGGAUGUAAAUCAAAGGACAUAAGCAAUCCGGAGAACAACAAUCCAGAGGAAACAGUGUUUCUUCCAAACGAAAGCAAUGAAAACAACGUGGACAUUAAAGAUGAUGGUGAGGAUGCUAACAAUUGUGUAACACACACUGUAAAUGAAAAAGACUCCCCGGUUGCAUGCAGCAGCGAAGGAAUCAAACUAGAGGUAACAGACACCAAUGGAAAGACAACCAAAAAGCCGCCACGACCUGUGCCUCCGCCUAGUUGUAUUGUAAAAGAAACAAACCCUGUCGGAAAACCGCCACGACCUGUGCCUCCGACUAGUUUUAAUGUAAAACCAACAAACCCUGUCGGUAAGACCUCUCAGCCCUCUACUUACAAACCUGCUCGAGCAAUUUAUACCGGAAAGAAAAAAAUCUGAAUGAUUUGAAAAAUCAACCACGGUCCAGAUAGAAUGAUCAAGCAAUAUUUGAAGUCUAUCGACAAUUUAAUUGAUAUUUUGUAAAAUGCUACUAAAACAAUAAGGGCAUGUUUAAAGUAGUUAAAAGGUAUAAGGUGUGAUUUGCAUAAUUACUAGUACUCUUCUUAGUCUUGCAUCGCCGCCUUUGUAAACUGUGUAUAUGAGUGAUGAAUAAAUCAAUUAUCAAGUAUGUAAACAUGAAUUGAGUUUUUCGACAAAAAUUUAAAAUCUAUUAAUGUAUUUUUUUUUUUAAUGUGAAGGUGCUUAUCAUUUACGUUUGUUAAAAGUGUGGUACAUGUAUGUUAGAUAAUAACAUUAGGCAGUUAGUUCAACAGAGCCGUAACCUGUAAUGAGAUUUUGUGAUCACCUGUAUCGGGUGUUUUGCUCCCGAACAAUCAAGGAUUUUUAUGUAUACUCUUGUCUUUUCGACGUUUGUAAUAAAUAAAAAAAUGUCCAGACUUGCCAGAAGAAACUUUAAUGAAAAGAAGAUCAAAAUCAACUAUUGUUACAAGAUACUGUAUGUAUGGUUGUUUUCGUCUUUUGUUCACUUUGAAUCGGUUUCGUCUGCUCAUAAAUUCGCCUAAACAAAGUUGUGCUCAAAGAGAGAUAAUUUGAGACAUUUUAUCUUUCCUUGAUUUAAAACCUUCUGGCUGCUGACAACAAGGGCGAAUAAAAAAACGGGGGCGAACAUUUCUCUGAUGCACACAUUUUGGUGCGGAAAUUAUUUCAACAGUUGUUUAGUCGACAUCCGAUCAACUGCGCACUGUAAGUACAUAUAGCUAAAGCUGGGGAUUGCUUACGCAAUGCUCACGUCUAAAAAGGAAAUAAAUCAAACGAUCAUAAAUGCACUUAUCCAAUCUAGAGAGUGUCCC